AUGAUGGAAGUCCCCCUUAGCCGCAGGACCAGCAGCAGCAGCAGCAGCAGCAGCAGCGACAGCAGCAGAAGCAGCAGCAGCAGCAGUGACCUAGAUCGCAAGUCCGAAGAAAGCCUCUUUCUGCGGCCUGAGACAGCGCAGAACAUUUUUGUUAACUUCAAGUUGCUGCUGCCGCCCCACAGCAGCAAAAAGCUUCCUUUUGGCCUCGCCCAAGAAGGCCGAGUUUACAGAAAUGAAAUUUGCUGCUCCCGCAGCAGCUUUUUGCUGCGCCUCAGGGAGUUCCGACAAUUCGAAAUUGAGUACUUCGUGGCCCCCGACGCCGACGUGGGGGCUCUGCUGGAUUUGUGGGCUUCGCACAUUUUGGACUUUCUGCUGUCUGUUGGGCUUCCGGGGGACCGCCUGAGGACUCGGGAGACACCGGAGUGGGAGUUGCCGCACUACGCGCUGAGGCGUCGGGCCAAAGCCUGCAGCUGCAGCAGCAGCAGCAGCAGCAGCAGCAGCGGCAGCCACAGAGCAGCAACGCCAAGGUGCUGCCGCAUGUAA